AUGAAACGAGCACAAAUACGAAUGGGGUCGUUCGAAAGGCAAAUAUCAGAAACAUUCCUCCACACAGAUAUGAGUAAUUCGGCAAUCGAAUUCCAGACCGCGAAUCUUAUGGAGGAAUGGAAAAAAAUAGACUCAAUAUAUGAGGAAAUAUUGCUUUUCGAGGUAUUUAAUGACGAAACCGAUAAAGCUAAUUUUUUGACCCAAAUUGAAGGGUUGAAAAAGAGGUAUUCGGAAGUAAUGGUGUCACUCAGAGAGAAGAAAAAACCAGAAUCUGCUUCCACCUCACACCAUGAGGUUAAACUCCCAAGAGUUCAGAUACCAAUGUUUGAUGGCAGAUCAAACACAUGGAUUGAAUUCCAUGAUAUUUUUAAUCAAGUGAUACACUGCAACAACAGAUUAUCAGAUGUUGAAAAAAUGCAGUAUCUCAAGAAUAAUCUUAAAGGUGAGGCCUCCAAACUAUUAAGACAUUUAGAGGUUAGUAACAACAACUAUAAGGUGUCAUGGGAUUUAUUAAACGAGAGAUAUGCCAACAAACGAAGAUUAGUAAAUUCAUAUCUCCAUACCUUAUUAAAUCAACCAAAGGUUGAUUCAGAAUCCAGUACCCAACUAAAAAAGUUGCAUGAUACAACAAAAGAGUGCUUAUACGGUAUGUCAAAUCUUGGAUUUGACACCUCUUCCUGGGAACCAAUAAUAAUAUAUCAUAUAACACAAAGAUUAGAUAUUGAAUCUCUACGGCUGUAUGAGCAGUCGUUACCAAACACGAAGGAUGUUCCAUCUUUACAACAAGUAUAUGACUUUCUAACGAAUCGUUUCGAAUCGUUAGAAUCACUGGGUGACAAGAAACGAGAACAUAAAAACCAUCCAAGGCAAAUUGUUCGAAACUUCGUAACAAAAGUUGAAACCCGAUGUCGCUAUUGUAGAAAAACUGCACAUAGCAUUUAUAAAUGCAAUGAAUUUCUUGCAUUACACCCAAACCAGAAAUUAGAAGCCGUCAAACGCCAAAACCUAUGCCGCAAUUGUCUUAGCCAUACGAUGAAUGAAAGCUGUCAGAGUCGCAGAACCUGCAGCAUAUGCAAAGGCCAUCAUCACACUUUAUUACACAAUGAUGCCCUUUCUAAGAAUCCAAGAAAUACAACCAUCCAAACAGCAUUGGCAGAAUAUAAUAAAGAAAUUCUUUUAGCCACUGCAAUGAUAAAGGUAACCACAUACAAUGGUAAAUUUGAAAUAUUGCGUGCACUCAUUGACACUGGAGCACAGGCAUCAUUUAUAACUGAGGAGGCAGCCCAGAUGUUAUCGGUCCCGAAAUCUAAGGCUUACGUUAAAGUAUCCGGUCUUGGAGCAUCAUCAGCAGGAACAUCACUUGGAAAGGUUCAUAUCCAAGUCCAACCUCGAUUUUCAUCAACAUUCAAAAUCAAUAUUGAUGCGUAUGUUCUCCCUAAGUUAACAAAUAAACUUCCCAAUUCUUACUUCAAGUUCUCAAUGUGGAAAAAUUACUUGCUGGCUGAUCAAACCUUCAACCAGCCUGGACCAAUUGACGUCAUCAUAGGUGCCGAUGUAUAUCCCUCGAUAAUUUGCGAUGGAAUCAAAAAAUCAGAAAACGGUACAUUGGCACAAAAUACAGAACUAGGCUGGAUCAUAUCAGGGAAGAUACCAGUAUCAAAGGAUCCCAUACAAAUCAUAACAAUGAUAUCUACAACUGAACUCUUUGAUCUAAGCAACCAACUUAAACGCUUCUGGGAAAUAGAAGAAACUCCAUACCAAGAAGAAACAACGAAUGAAAAUGAUGACUGCGAAAAACAAUUCAAAGAAAACCAUAGACGAAAUCACGAUGGAACAUACACAGUAAGAAUUCCAUUCAAACCAAAUAAACAAACUUUAGGUGAUUCGAAAAAGAGAGCAAUGGCUAGACUUUUACAAAUGGAAAAAAAGUUUAAAAAGAAUAAUAAAGUUGGGGAAGAAUACAGAAAAUUUAUGAGAGAGUAUUUAACCCUUGGACAUAUGAAACCGAUUGAGCAGAUUACAAAUCCUGAUGAUGAAGUGUAUUAUAUGCCACAUCAAGCAGUAAUAAAAGCAGACAGCACUACUACAAAGCUCCGUGUAGUCUUUGAUGCCUCAUCCAAAACAGACAAUGGAGAAAGUCUGAAUGACAACAUGCUAGUUGGACCUAGGUUACAGGCUGAUUUAGCAACCAUACUUCUACGUUGGCGGAAGUAUAAAUACGUCUUUACAGCAGACAUAGAAAAGAUGUAUCGACAAAUAAAAAUUGAUGAGAGAGACAUGAAUUAUCAGAGGAUAUUAUGGAGAUUCUCACCCGAUGAAACGAUUAAAGAAUAUGCACUAACAACAGUUACAUAUGGGACGUCGUCAGCCCCAUACCUUGCCAUUAAAACAAUACGUCAAUUGGCAGAUGAUGAAGCGAUAAGAUUUCCAAAGGCAUCUAAGAUUGUUCACGAAGACUUCUAUAUGGACGAUGUUAUGACGGGAGCACACACUAUUGACGAAGCUAGAGCAAUUCAGAAAGAACUAGUUGAAUUAAUGCAAGCAGGUGGAUUUAACCUCAGAAAAUGGACGAGUAAUAACCAGGAACUUUUGAGAUGCAUCCCAUUAGAGCAAAGAGAGCUAGGAAUAAUUGAGCUAGUAGAAAAUGAAGAAAAGACCACUAUAAAAAAUCUUGGUAUUAAUUGGAAUCCAGCAACAGACACAUUCCAUUUCAAGGUUAGCAUUAAAAAUGAUUCCACUAAAUUAACAAAAAGAAUUAUUUUAUCAAAAGCAGCUCAAAUAUUUGACCCUCUGGGUUGGAUAACUCCAGUCACCCUACGGGCAAAGUUAAUUAUUCAAAAACUAUGGAAGUCCAAAGUAUCCUGGGAUGACGAAGUCCCUGAAACAAUUGCAACAGAAUGGAUCAAAUACCAAAGUGAAGCUUCCGCUCUAGAACAAAUCAAAAUACCAAGAUACAUAAAUUACUCAAUCCAAGUUACCUCCAUAGAAUUACAUGGGUUUUGUGAUGCGUCAGAACAAGCAUAUGGUGCCGUAGUAUAUUCAAAAAUAACAACACGAAGUGGUGAUACAAAUAUCUGUCUUCUUACUGGAAAAUCGAAAGUAGCACCCAUCAAAUCAAAACUUACGAUACCUCGUCUAGAGCUGUGUGGAGCGGAGCUCCUUAGUAAGUUGAUGGUUCACGUGAGUAAAACUCUUGAAAUAGAAAAUUUAGACAUGUUUUACUGGACCGAUUCAAUGAUAACAUUAGGCAGAAUACAAGGGUCAAAUAGUAAACUCGAUGCAUUUGAAAGAAAUCGAAUUCAAAAAAUCCAGAGAAUAACUAAUCAAAGUAACUGGAACUAUGUCAAAACAGGAGAUAACCCAGCAGAUUGUGCAUCACGAAGUAUAAAUGCCUCAGAGUUAAUCAAUCACAAACUUUGGUGGUAUGGACCUUCAUGGUUAACAUUAGAUAAAAACUUAUGGCAACUCAAGAAAUUAGAGAAGCCAGCAGAAGAAAAGGAAGACCCGGUAAACCUGUUAUUGGCAAAUGUCUCUUCUUACCAAGAGAAUGCAAUAAUAACACAAUUUUCAUCAAUCAACCAAUGUCUACGAGUACUGUCACACUGCAGAAGAUUUAUAAAGAGCUGUAGGUCUAAAGAAUUACAGACAUUUAAAGAAUAUAUUACAGUCAAAGAGUUGAAAGAAACACUUUACCUAGUAUUGCGACAAAUCCAAUACACAGAAUUUAAAGAAGAAAUAAAAAAAACUAACGAAAAACGAACCUAUAGCCAUGAAAAGCAAGUUACUUAUGUUGAACCCUAUAAUUGA